AGUUACCAGCUGGCAGUGCACAUGACCACUUGCCAUCUGCGCAAAAUAGCUGUGUUUAUGUUUGUACAUCAUACUUUAACAUUUGACACGUCGCUAUAUGGUGAUCUUCACGGUAGUGGGAACUGCAUAUGCAAUUUAAAGUGAUUUGUGACACUGGUGGAUAAUAUAUAGCAAAAAUUCAAAAGCAUUAGAUAUGGUAUAAUUCCAUAGGUUACGUAACAAGACAGUUUAUCAAGUGGCAAUAUGAUGAUUGUAACAUUUUUGUUAUCAACUGCUGUUCAUCCUCCUGCCGAUGACGACAGCACAGCACUGUGGAAACCGGUCAUCCAAUAAAAUACAAAUUUAGCGAUCUUUGCUUGUGAAAUUUUCUUCUUAGAUAAGUCUUUUGUUGUGUGGUAUUGGGGUGUGCUACCAUAUGGUGGGUUGGUGUAUACGCAGCAGAUGCAGAACGAGUGCAUCGAGAUCACUUGUUACACAACAGUACAUACGGAUAGGCCGGCGACGGAACAGGACGCUUGCGGUAGGAAGGGUUGGCAGUCACCCCCGACGUCGAAUCGGGCGCGCCCCCUCGGCAGUUGGCGGCGUGGCUGCGCGGGGGCAGCACGGUCGGCCGCGCAUGCGCAGCGGCGAGUCCGCGCGCUGGAGCGCCGGCGCGCCCGCAGGUCCCGUCACUCGUCCCGCGGCGCUCGUGGCUACCACACGAGACCGACUCGGACGAGAUGGAGGAGGCCCCGCCCCCGCCGCCGUCGCCGCUAGCCGGCUGCUACCUGCUCAUCGUCGUCGGCGAGCCGCGCUCCGCCGAGCACCGCGACGCCAUCCUAGGACGCGUCGCUAAAGGAUUCCUAUCAUGGGACGUCGAGUCGUCACAUGUCGACCUCGAAAAGGAACUACAAGCCCUGACGAGCCAAGCUCCGGAAGGAGAAGAGGCACGCAACGGAGAGAGACUGAUCCAGUACGCGACGGAGAACCUGGUAACUGAAGUACUGAUCCACCCACAAGUGAACACACUGCUGCAGUGCGUUCGCAACCUACUAUCGAGCUUCACCAGGCACCGACACCUUAUACAUGCCGGCUACACUUUCGCCGGAACAGGAUCCUGGGUCCUGCAGGAUGGCACUUUUUCGCUGGCGGACUUCACGGACGCCUUCCAAGAGACCGAAGUGCAGCGAGUUCUGCGCGCCUACGAACACAGCAUCACGAUCGACGUACACUGCGCUCCAGAAGGAGACUGGACUUCCGAACGAAUGUCGCGAGAGCCCUUCAGCCGAUACUGCAAGGUGCGAAUCAAUCCUGACGACCGAAUGACGGCCGGCGGCGCCGCCAUCGGCAACUUCAUCAACUACCUGUCGGCGUUCGUGCGCGCCGCGCCGCUAGAGGCGCUACUGGAGCCCAGCGACGUGGUGGGCAAUAUCCGGUUCAGCCACCCCACACUCUACGUGUUCCCCGGCGGACAGGGGGACGCGGCACUCUUCGGCAUCAACGGUUUCAACAUGCUGGUGGAUGGCGGGUUCGCACGCAAGGCGUGCUUCUGGGACUUCGUGCGCCACCUGGACCGCUUGGACGCAGUGCUGGUGACGCGACUCAACAACGGCAACGUAAACGGGAUGUCGGCCGUGUUGCGGCGUAAGCAGGGCGGCCACGUCUACCCACAGAUCGGACACUUCUUCUGCAACCUGCAGGAGCGGAAACACGCAGCGUCUCCGGACGGCGAUAAGGACCGCGACCCGCUGCUGAUCGACCUCACGGUGGAGGCGCACGAGAUGGUGGUCAACCUCCACCACCUGGCGCUCAAGCCGCACGCCUGCUACAGCUCGUCCGACCCCAUCAACCUGUACCACAAGGUGGGCCACGGCAAGCUCGACAUGUACGUGCUGAGCCCGGCGCGCGACAGCCGAGACCUCAAAGAGUUCCUCGCGCGGUGGAACGCCACCGACACGUCCAAGAUCUUCUCCAGCGGAGGCAGGAAAAGCUCUGGCAGUGAGUUCGCUUUCCCACUGCAAAAUCUAGUUUCUAUAUGCGCGCUGCUCGUGUGGCAGCCGGCGAACCCGAACGAUACGAUUACACGUAUUCUGUUCCCUGGAUCUGCACCGCAGCACAAGAUCUUCGAGGGCAUAGAGAAGCUCCGACACCUUCAGUUCCUUCGUUACCCGGUCUGCUCUGCAAAGUCUCUCUCACCGUCCACAUCAGCAGUUACUAUCAGCAGCCGCAAGCAGCAGUUACGGUCAGCUGCUCCUGCGGUCAUUGAUAAGCUGCUGCCAGGAGAAGUUGCCAAGCAGCAGGCCUCACCGCCAUCAAAGCCCGUGGAUAAAGCCGCUCCCAAAAGUGCGACAAUCCCCGUCACGGGUGUGGAGAAACCCGUGCAGCCUAGCAAGACUGUUCCCCCAAGUGCCACACCACCCCCAGCUGCCCCCACAGCUGCACCUCCUCAGGUUCCAGCAGCAAAGCCUGUCCCGCCACCGUCAAGGGCCAAGCCCGAACGCUUACCCGCAAAAACCGAACCACCCAAAACUAAGACUGAUAUAGUUAAGACUGCUGACACAGAAAAAGUUAGUGCAAAAGUAGAUAAGACAUCCAAGACAGAAGUAGUGAGAAUGAAGGGGGAACACAAAUCAAAGACAGAAAUGAAAACGUCCACAGUGAAAACACGAACUGAAACCAAAUCCACCCGUUCCAUAGAAAGGAAAGCACAGAGGACAACAAUUACAACCUCUAGUGUAACAGAGAAAAAGACUGACAUAAAAUCUUCUCCUACUACACCUAAAAAAUCUGUUGAACAUAAAGUUAACGGAGUUGCACCAAAGCCAGAGCCAAUAAAACAUGCUCGACCAUCGAGUAGAACUAGACCGUCCCCAACCUCCACUCCAGCAAAAAGUGCAAAAGAAGCCAAUAAUCGGAAGGUCGUAGAAUCAAAAUAUCACAUUUCAAAAGCCUCUAAAUUGACUACAUCAAAGGCUGCUAAGAAGGAAGUGCAAGAACCAGCAGCAAAAGCUGAGAGGAAGCCUGUGAGCAGGCGACCAAAGGCAACUCCCAGCUCACCUGCUAAGAUAGCAGCAAAAUCACCGGGUUCACCAGCCAAGUCUUCUUCUGCCAAAAGCACACCAACUCCAUCUGUCAAAUCAGAAAAAGAAGCUGUAAUCAGAAAAAGAAAGGUUGAAACUGGAAAAAUUACUGCUGACUCAUCUGCAGUAUCAACCCCAUCAACUACUGAAGUAGAAACUGUUGUGAAAGCAAAGGAAACAGGAAAAGUCCAGGAAACUCCCCUUGUAAAUGGCCACAUAUCAGAAAUGAUCAUAACAAAGGAAGAUAUCUCCAAGGAGCUUUUAGACAAACCCCUUGAAGAGACUUAUGUUGAGAAAAAGACUGAAAAAAUUGACAGUGAAACUAUAAGAAAGUCACCAACUGAUGACCAACAAGAAGUUACAGAAAGAGAAGACAAAACUUCAGUUAGAGAGAAAGAAAUUAAGGACAUUCCUACUAUAGAAGGAAAGGAAAAACAAAUGGAUGAAGAAACAGUAGAAAAAGAAGUAGAAGUUGAAGAAAAAGAGAUGGUAGUUGAAGAUAAAGAGUCUGAGAUAGAAGAGAAGGAAACCGAACUUGAAGAGAAGGAGUCUGAAAUUGAAGAAAAAGAAUCUGAAGUUGAAGAAGGAGAUGAUUCCAGGCAACUUAUGCAUGAAAAGGAAGAUAUAGAGGCUACAGAAGAGGAACAAACUGAAGAAAUUGAGGAUGAGGAAGGACCUGUUGACAUAAAGGAAUCAUUACAUGCUGAACUUGAAACAGAAGUAAAGAAACUGAUGAGAGAAAAGAUAGAAGGAGGAGGAGAAGAAGAAGAAGAAGAAGAAGGGAGAGGAACAGAAGAAGAAGAAGAAGAAGAAGAAGAACAAGAAGAGGAGCAAGAAGGAGAGGAAGAUGAGGAGGAUGAAUACUUAAUUGUUGAAAAAGAAGAUGUGGAAUCCUACCAAGAACAAGAAAGUAUUGAAUCACAUUUACCAGAUGAUUUUGACAACAAAGAUAUUGAUGUUGAGGAAGAAGAUGAAGGGGAGCUUCAGAAGCACUUAUUAGAUGAAGUUGAAACAGAAAAGACCAAGAAAGAUAUAGAAAAAGAAGAGAUGGAUACAAAAAUGCACAGAGAAGUAGAAUCUCAAAAGGAACACGUAAUAAAGGAAAAAGAGGUAGAUAUAAUUCUUAAAAGUAAAGCCGAAAAAGAAAUAACUGAAACUGAAAAAAUGAGGGAGGAACAUGUUGAGGAAAUAAAAGAGCAAGAAACAGAAGGUGUUACUGAAGAAGCUGCUAAGCCAUUGAAGGAAGAAAUUACAAAAGAUCACAUUGAGGAGAAAGUGGAGGAAAUUAUUUCAUCAGCAAAAGAAAUAGUAACUAAAGGAAAAUUUGAAGAUGAAAGAAAGCCUGGAGUGUCUCAAGAAUCAGAUAAAGAUAUACAGAAAGAGGAACUGUCUGAGAGCAAGAAAGAACCUGAAACAAGUGAAGAUCUCAAAGAAAUAUCAUCAAUUAGUCCUGAAGAGAAAAUAGAUGUUUCUUCAGAGAAAGUCCGAGAAACUACAGACACUGACCAUAAGCUUGAUGAUGGAGGUCAUGAAAUGAAAGAGAUUCCCUCAAAAGAAAUACUAGAGCAGAAAUUUAUUGCAGAGGAAAGCCAGCCAGAUGAAAAGGUGUCUACAACUAUAGAAUCUGCUGCUACAACAGCACCAACACUUCCUGAAGAUGAACGCAUACCUCUAGAUGAAAUAAAGGAAAUCGUUGAAGAAAAAUAUGUGAAAGAAGAGACAAAGGAGAAAGAAAAACCAGUGGCAGAAGCAGUAACACGUCUAGAGCAGCCAACUACUCUGCCACAAGUUGUAAUGCCAAUUUUUGAAACUCACAUUGCUCAUGGGAUUAUUCAUCAAAGAGACAUCGUUAAAACACCUGAUGAAGUUGCUGACUUGCCAGUCCAUGAGGAAGUUGACCCUGGUAUGUAUGAUGCUGAUGAUUUUGUAAGAGACUUUCAUAGAACAAAAUAUGAAGUACAACUUUCGAAAAAACAACAAGAUACUGAAGAGAUCAAGGACUACAUACCUGAGGUAGGUGCUCCAGAAGAAAGACUGAAAAUAGAUACAGGAAAGGCUGACACACUGAAAGAAUCUUUAAAACAGUUUGAAGAUGAGAAAGAAGUUGAAGAAGUCAAAAUAGCACCUGAGGAAAGAUUUGUUGAUGAAAUUGAAGACAUUAUACAUGUAAAAAGAGAAAUAUCUGAUGUAGCAAAACCAUCAGUGAAACCAGUCUCUGUGGCACAACUUGAAGAACCUGUGCCAAAGGAAGACAUAGCAAAGGCUACUGAUGAGUCAAAACCUGUUAUGGUGAUAUCAGAAGAAAAACUUCUGGAAGCUACCUUUCAGACAUAUGCAGAUCUAAAAGCUACAAAAGAGAAAGUAGACGAAUUAAAAGAAAAAUUCUCUGAAGAAUCCAAGAAAGCUGUAGAGAAAGAAAUAGAUUAUGCUGCAAUUUUAGAAAAAGACAUUGCUCAUGACAGAGUUGCCUUACAGGAAAUGAGAGAAGAAAAGAAAACAGAAGGAGAAGAAAUUGGUGCAGAAUACAUAUCUUCUGAAAAGAAAUACAUAGAAGAACAACUGGAAACUAUUUCAGAUCAACUAAAAUUAAAGGAGAAAGUUACUAGUGAAGAAAUUUCAACACUGCAACAAACAUAUGUAAAGGAGGUGCAUGAAGAGAAACGAAAGGAUGAAAUGAAACCACUUCCAAUGGAUGUUGCCCAGGAAAAGAUGCGAGAAGAGAAACAGAAAGUUAUUACAGAAGAUGUCACCGAAAGAAUUGAAAAACUGGAAGGGGAUAAAGUUAUUCAAGAAAAAAAGAUUGAAAAGGAUGUAAAGGAAGAUGUUACAACAGAAGUUAAGGAAGUGGAAGACAAAGAAAAGCCUGUUCCAAGGGAAAUUACUCAAGAGGUAAUUAUGCAGGAUGAGAAAAUUAUUUCAGAUGAGUUAGUCAAGGCAAAGAAGGUAGCAGAGAAAGAUGAACUCAUCACAGAAGGUGAAGAAAUUAAAAAACUGAAACAAGAGGAAGUUGUUCCAAAAGAAGAUAUUGAGGAGACAAUAAAAGACAAGGAAGUAUCAAAAGUAAUGGGUGAGGAGCAAAUGAAAGAAGAAAGAGUUGUUAAAGAAGACAUUAUUGAAGAAAUCAAACAAUUAGAAGGUAAAGAGAAGUCUACUCCAAAGGAAGUUCUUGAAAAGAAAAUUAAAGAAGAAGAUGAAACCAUCUCAAAGGAGAUGAUUGAGGUAGAGGAAAAGGAAGAGAAAGUUGAUACAGAAGAUAUCAUGGCUAAAAUUCCAAAGGUGGGAGAGAGAGACAAAGAUGUUCUGAAGGAAGUUGAUGACAAAGAGAAAUCUACUCAAAAGGAUGUAGCUAAAGAUGAAACAAAAGGAGGAGAGGAAAUGGGUUUGAAGGAGUUGGUAGACAUAACAAAAAAAAGAGAAAUUGUUACAGAAGAUAUCAUAGCAGCUAUACCAAAACUGGAAGACAAACAGAAAGUUUCAUUGGAGGAACUUGAUGAAAUUAAGACAAAGGACAAGAAAGAAGAAGAAAAGGAAAAAAGAAUUGCAGAAGAGAUAAAGAAAGACAUUGUAGAUCUAAAAGAACAGGAGGAGCUUUUGUCCAAAGAUGUAGCUAAAGAAAAGCCGGAGGACAAACAGAAAGAAGAGAUUGAUAAAUCUUUAAGAGAACUAGAAGAUACAGAGAAACUUUCACCAAAAGAAGUGAAAGAAAACCAAAUUUCAAAGGAGAAGAUUCCAGAAAAGGAGACGGAAGAGCAAUUGAUAGUUGCUAAAGACACCACUGAAGAAACAGAUAAACUCAAAGAAAAAGAGAAAAUUCAGGCAAUGGAAAUGGUGGAAGAUAAAGCAAAAGAAGAUAGGAAAAUAGAGUCAGAGGAAAUUAUUCACAAAAAGAAGAAAGAUGAGAGAGAAGUAAUUACUAAAGAUAUCACUGAAAAACAAGAAGAUAAAGAGAAACUUUCCCCAAGGGAGAUAGUUGAAGAGAUUACUGUCAAAGAGGAUGUAAGUGUUUCAGCAGAGGCUAUUCAGAGAGAGGAAACUAUCAAAGCUGACCUCACCACAGAAAUUAAGAAACCACAGGAAAUGGAGAAAAUUGUAUCAAAGGAAUUAGUUGAAGAGAAGGAAAAAGAGUCUGAAGAAAAGAUAAAAGCUAUUACAGAGGAUGUGGCAUUGGUAAUGUUAAAAGCAGAAGAAAAGGAGAAGCCUGCUCCAAAGGAAAAGGCUGAAGAGAAGAUGAAAGAAGAGAAACUAGUUUCCAAGGAGGCAGCAGAGGAAGAUAAGGGAGAAGACAAAGAGGCAGUUAUUACUGAAGAUAUACCUGAAGAAAUAAAGCCACUAGAAGAAAAAGAGAAACCUGCUCCUACAGAAAUUUCUGAACUCAAGACAAAAGAAGAGACAGUAGUACUAAAGGAGCAGGUUGUGGAGAAGAAGGCUGAUGACAGAGUCAUUACAGAGGAUAUAACUAAGUUGGAAGUAAAAGAAAAAACUCCCUCUGAUGACAGGGUUGAAAUAAAGGCAGAAGAGAUAACUAUAAAGAAAGUGGAUGAGGAAAAGAAGGAAGAAGAAAAAGCAAAAGUUGAAGUUACUGGAAAACGAAUUGUUGAAGAGGGAGCAAAGGAAGAAAAAGAUAUUUCACUGAAGAUGGCUGAAGAAAAGAUAGAAGAGACGGAGAAAGUUGUUCCAGAAGAAAUCACCAAAGAAAUAAAACAGCUGGAUGUGACUGAGAAACUACUAUCAAAAGAAACAAGCAAAAUAAAAUCUGAUGAUGAAGUGAAAAGAAUUUCAAAGGAAAUUGAUCAAAAAAUGAUUAUAGAAGACAAAAAGAAAAUUGUUCCUGAAAUCACUGAACAUGUUAAAAAACAGGAAGCAAAAGACACAGGUUUACCAAAGGAAGAAAUAGAAGAGAUGAUUCAGGAGGAAUGGGAAAUAGUUUCAAAGGAGAUGAUAGAGGAAGAGAAGAAAGUUACAAGUGAAGCUGUAACAGAAGCAACUGUUUUAGAAAUGAAGGAAGCAGAGGAAAAAGAAAUAACUAUCCCUAAGGAAAUGGAUAAAGAAAAGGUAAAAGAACCAGAGAAAAUGGAUGCAAUAGUGAAAAUGGAAGAACACAAGGUUAUUACAGAAGAUAUUACAGAAGAACUGAAAAAGACAGAAAAGAAAGAGGAAACUGUUCCACGCGCUUUACCAGAAGAAAAGGCAAAAGAAGGUGAGAAACCACUUUUGAAGGAAACAAUAGUGAGAAAGGAAGAAGAUAAGGUUAUUACAGAACAUAUCACUGAAGCAGAGGUAAAACCAGAAGAGAAAGAGGAAACUGUGCCACAGGAAAUAUCUGAAGAAAAGCCAAAGGAAGCUGACACAGUAGUGAAACAGGAAGAAGAGAAAGUUAUUACAGAAGAUAUCAUUGAACAAGUGAAAAAACCAGAAGAAAAAGAUAAAAUUGUCCCACGUGAAAUACCUGAAGACAAGAUAAAGGAACCUGAGAAACUACUUCCAAAAGAAACAAUAGUGAAAAAGGAAGAAGAGAAAGUUGUUACAGAAGAUAUCACUGAAGAAGUGAAAAAACCAGAAGAAAAAGAUAAAACUGCUCCACACGAAAUGCCCGAAGGAAAGAUAAAGGAAGCUGAGGAACCAGUUUCAGAGGACACAGUGGUGAAAAAGGAAGAAGAGAAGAUUAUUACAGAAGAUAUCACUGAAGAAGUGAAGAAACAAGAGGAGAAAGAGGAAAUUAUUCCACAAGAAAUACUUGAAGAAAAGGCUAAGGGAGCUGAGAAACCAGUUUCAAAGGACACAGUAGUGAAAAAGGAAGAAGAGAAAGUUGUUACAGAAGAUAUCAUUGAAGAAGUGAAAAAACCAGAAGAAAAAGAUAAAACUGCUCCACACGAAAUGCCCGAAGGAAAGAUAAAGGAAGCUGAGGAACCAGUUCCAAAGGACACAGUAGUGAAAAAGGAAGAAGAGAAGAUUAUUACAGAAGAUAUCACUGAAGAAGUGAAGAAACCAGAAGAAAAAGAGGAAAUUAUUCCACAAGAAAUACCCGAAGAAAAGGGAAAGGAAGCUGAUAAACCAGUUUCAAAGGACACAGUAGUGAAAGAGGAAGAAGAGAAAGUUGUUAUAGAAGGUAUCACUGAAGAAAUGAUAAAACCAGAAGAAAAAGAGAAAACAGUUUCAGAAGAAAUACUUGAAGAAAAGGCAAUGGAAGCUGAGAAACCAGUUUCAAAAGACACAGUAGUGAAAGAGGAAGAAGAUAAAGUUGUUACAGAAGAUAUCAUUGAAGAAGUGAAAAAACCAGAAGAAAAAGAUAAAACUGCUCCACACGAAAUGCCCGAAGGAAAGAUAAAGGAAGCUGAGGAACCAGUUUCAAAGGACACAGUAGUGAAAAAGGAAGAACAGAAGAUUAUUACAGAAGAUAUCACUGCAGAAGUGAAGAAACCAGAAGAAAAAGAGGAAAUUAUUCCACAAGAAAUACUUGAAGAAAAGGCAAAGGAAGCUGAGAAACCAGUUUCAAAGGACACAGUAGUGAAAGAGGAAGAAGAUAAAGUUGUUACAGAAGAUAUCAUUGAAGAAGUGAAAAAACCAGAAGAAAAAGAUAAAACUGCUCCACACGAAAUGCCCGAAGGAAAGAUAAAGGAAGCUGAGGAACCAGUUUCAAAGGACGCAGUAGUGAAAAAGGAAGAACAGAAGAUUAUUACAGAAGAUAUCACUGCAGAAGUGAAGAAACCAGAAGAAAAAGAGGAAAUUAUUCCACAAGAAAUACUUGAAGAAAAGGCAAAGGAAGCUGAGAAACCAGUUUCAAAGGACACAGUAGUGAAAAAGGAAGAAGAGAAGGUUAUUAGAGAAGAUAUUGUUGAAGAAAUGAAAAAACCAGAAGAAAAAGAGAAAACAGUUCCAUCUGAAAUACCCGAAGAAAAGAUAAAGGAAGAUGCAAAACCAGUUACGAAAGACACAGUAGUUAAAAAGGAAGAAGAGAAGAUUAUUACAGAAGAUAUCACUGAAGAAUUGAAAAAAUCAGAAGAAAAAGAGAAAACAGUUGUAUCUGAAAUACCUGGAGACAAGACAAAGGAAGAUGCAAAGCCAGUUUCAAAAGACACAAUAGUUAAAAAGGGUGAAGAGAAAGUUAUUACAGAAGAUGUAACUGAAGAAAUGAAAAAACCAGAAGAACACGAGGGAGCAGUACCACACGAAAAACCAGAAGAAAAGACAAAGGAAGCUGCAAAACCAGUUUCAAAGGACACAGUAUUGAAAAAAGAAGAAGAGAAGGUUAUUACAGAAGAUAUCAGUGAAGAAGUGAAAAAACCAGAAGAAAAAGAGGAAAGAGUUCCAUCUAAAAUACCUGAAGAAAAGACAAAGGAAGAUGUAAAAGCAGUGUCAAAGGACACAGUAGUCAAAAAGGAAGAAGGGAAGGUUAUUACAGAAGAUGUCACCAAAGAAGUGAAGAAACCAGAAGAAAAAGAGGAAAUCAUUCCACAUGAAAUACCCGAAGGAAAGAUAAAGGAAGCUGAGAAACCAGUCUCAAAGGACACAGUAGUGAAGAAGGAAGAAGAGAAGGUUAUUACAGAAGAUAUCACUGAAGAAGUGAAAAAGCCAGAAGAAAAAGAGAAAACAGUUCCAUCUGAAAUACUUGAAGAAAAGGGAAAGGAAGCUGAGAAACCAGAUUCAAAGGACACAGUAGAGAUAAAGGAAGAAGAGAAAAUUGUUACAGAAGAUAUCGCUGAAGAAGUGAAAAAAACAGGAGAAAAAGAGAAAACAGGUCCACAAGAAAUACUUGAAGAAAAGGGAAAGGAAGCUGAGAAACCAGAUUCUAAGGACACGAUAGUGAAAAAGGAAGAAGAGAAAGUUGUUACAGAAGAUAUCACUGAAGAAGUGAAGAAACCCGAAGAAAAAGAGGAAACUGUUCCACAUGAAAUACCUGAAGAAAAGGCAAAGGAAGUGGAGAUACCAGUUUCGAAAGAGACAGUUGUGAAAAAGGAAGAGGAGGAGGUUAUUACAGAAGACAUCACUGAAGAAGUGAAAAAACCAGAAGAAAAAGAGAAAGCAGUUCCAUCUGAGAUACUUGAUGAAAAGACAAAGGAAGCUGAGAAAUUAGUUUCAAAGGACAUGGUAGUGAAAAAGGAAGAAAAGAAAGUUGUUACAGAAGAUAUCACUGAAGAAGUGAAAAAACCAGGAGAAAAAGAGAAAACAAUUCCACAAGAAAUACUUGAAGAAAAGGGAAAGGAAGCUGAGAAACCAGAUUCUAAGGACACGGUAGUGAAAAAGGAAGAAGAGAAAGUUGUUAGAGAAGAUAUCACUGAAGAAGUAAAAAAACCAGAAGAAAAAGAGAAAACACUUCCAUCUGAGAUACUUGAUGAAAAGGCAAAAGAGUCUGAGAAACCAGUGUCAAAGGACACAGUAGUGAAAAAGGAAGAUGAGAAAGUUGUUACAGAAGAUGUCACUGAAGAAGUGAAAAAACCGGACGAAAAAGAGAAAACAGUUCCAUCUGGAAUACUUGAUGAAACCGCAAAGGAAGCUGAGAAACCAGCAUCAAAGGACACAGUAGUGAAAAAGGAAGAUGAGAAAGUUGUUACAGAAGAUGUCACUGAAGAAGUGAAAAAACCGGAUGAAAAAGAGAAAACAGUUCCAUCUGGAAUACAUGAUGAAACCGCAAAGGAAGCUGAGAAACCAGCAUCAAAGGACACAGUAGUGAAAAAGGAAGAUGAGAAAGUUGUUACAGAAGAUGUAACUGAAGAACUGAAAAAAGCAGAAGCACAAGAGGGAGCAGUACCACAUGAAAAACCAGAAGAAAAGACAAAGGAAGCUGCAAAACCAGUUUCAAAGGACACAGUAUUGAAAAAGGAAGAUGAUAAGGUUGUUACAGAAGAUAUCACUGAAGAAGCGAAAAAACCAGAAGAAAAAGAGAAAACAGUUCCCUCUGAAAUACCUGAAGAAAAGACAAAGGAAGAUGUAAAACUGGUGUCAAUGGACACAGUAGUCAAAAAGGAAGAAGGGAAGGUUAUUACAGUAGAUGUCACUGAAGAAAUGAAGAAACCAGAAGAAAAAGAAGAAACUGUUCUACAUGAAAUACCUGAAGAAAAGACAAAGGAAGCUGAUAAACCAGUUUCAAAGGACACAGUACUGAUGAAGGAAAAAGAGGAGGUUAUUACAGAAGAUAUCACUGAAAAAGUGAAGAAACCAGAAGAAAAAGAGAAAACAGUUCCAUCUGAAAUACCUGAAGAAAAGACAAAGGAAGAUGUAAAACCAGUGUCAAAGGACACAGUAGUUAAAAAGGAAGAAGGGAAGGUUAUUACAGAAAAUGUCACUGAAGAAAUGAAGAAACCAGAAGAAACUGUUCUACAUGAAAUACCUGAAGAAAAGGCAAAGGGAGCUGAGAAACCACUUUCAAAGGACACAGUACUGAUGAAGGAAAAGGAGGAGUUUAUUACAGAAGAUAUCACUGAAAAAGUGAAGAAACCAGAAGAAAAAGAGGAAACUGUUCCACAUGAAAUACUUAAAGAGAAGGCAAAGGAAGUGGAGAAACCAAUUUUGAAGGACACAACAGUGACAAAGGAAGAAGAGAAGAUUAUUACAGACAAUAUCAGUGAAGAAGUGAAGAAACCAGAAGAUAAAGAGGAAGCUGUUCCACGUGACAUACCCAAAGAAAAGGCAAAGGAAGCUGAGAAACCAGUUUCAGAGGACACAGUAUUGAAAAAGGAAGAAGAGAAGGUUAUACCAGAAGAUAUUACGGAAGCGAAAAAGCCAGAAGAAAAAGAGAAACCUGUUCCAUAUGAAAUAGUUGAAGAAAAAUCUAAGGAAGUGGGGAAAGCAGUUUUGAAGGACACAACAGAGAAAGUUAAAGAAGACACAAGCAAAGAUUUGGAAAAAGAAAAACUCAUUUCAAAGGAUAUAGAUGAGCAAUAUAUUGUUUCACCUAAAAAGGCUGAAGAAGAAAAAAAACCUUCCCUGAGCGAUAUGCCCUCUUCCAAAGAGUUUGUCGAAGAAAGGAGAAAAGUAGAAGAGAAAAGUUCCACACCGGAAAUCACAGAAAAGAUGGAUGAUGUAAAAGAUGUGCCCCUUUCAGAGACAAUGGUUGAAAAAGAGAGGUAUAUUUCAGAAGACCUGCUUGAAGAAAAAAAGAAAGGUGAAGAGAAGAAAGAGGUUGUCCCAAAGGAUCUUAUUAAAGAAGGAGAAAAAGUAGACACGAUUCAUAUAGAUCAUACAGAAAAAGAAAAGGAAAAAGAUGAGAGAGAGAAGACAAUUACAGAGAAAAUUAUUGAAGAAAAGAAGAAAGAAGUAGGUGAAGAAAGUAUUAUUGUGAAGGACUCUGUGGAACUUGAUAAAAAAGGAGAACCAGUAGCUGUAGAGGAUAUUACCAGUGUAAUAGGGAAAGAGGAACCUAAGAAAGACAAAGCUGCUUCACAGGAACUGCUUGAAGAAAAGACAGAAGAGAAAGAAAAAGAGACAGCCAUUACAGAUAUUAGUAAAGAAAAGGAAGGCCAACUUGAGACAGAGAAGAUUACUUCAAAACAAUUCAUUGAAAAAGUCGGAAUGGAGGAAACUGCAACAAAAAUUGCUCCAAAGUAUGUAGUUGAAGAAAAGGAAAAAGACCUAGUUAUUUCAAAGGAUGUGUCUGAAGAAAAAAUAGAUGACCUUGAAAAAAGAAAGAUUGUCACUACAUACGAAAAAAUUUCAGACAAGACUGAAACUAUUUUUGACAUUAAAACUGAUUUGUCACUCCAGGAAACUUCACAACUUACAGCUACAAUAGCAAAGGAAGUUAAGCCUGGAGAAGUGAUCAAAACUAACGGUGAACUUGAAAAGAGUGAAGAGAAAGUACCACAAGUGAAAAUGCAUGGAGAGACAGCUAUCAAGGGAGAGCCAGAAGAUAAGGUUGAUCAGAAGAUGGGACCUGGAAAAGAAACAAUUACAGCACCAAGUGCUUUAUCUGCCACGUAUCUUGAAAUUAUAGACAAGCUGCAAAAAGAAGAACCUUCAGAAGUUGAUAAACAGGAAGAUGAAGAGACACCAAAGAGAGAAGAGCUCAAAGUUAGUGAAGCUGACAAAUCUCUUCGCAAAGAAGUAUCAAAAACGACAGAAGAAUUGGAAGAAAUAUCUGUUACAUCUAGUCAAAUGUCAGAUAUUAAACAUUUGCCACAGGAAGGUGUAAAGCCAGAAAUUACAAAAGACUCACACAGAAAAGAAGAGGAGCAAAUGUCAGAAGAAAAACCAUCCCUACAAGAACAAGAACUCAUAAGUAAAAAAGACAAGGCAGAGAUAGGAGUAGAAAAGGAAGAUAAAAAGGCUAAAGUAGAAGCUGACUCAUUAGAAACUGAGAAAACAUCAGCAACUAUAGAAUGGUUAACUUGUGUAGUUAAGGACACAAAGCCAUCAUUGGGAGAAGAGCAGGAAGAGAUCUUUAAGAAAGUUGUUAGCACAAAAGAGAAGAAAGUUACUGAGACAGAAGAUCAAAUUGAUGAGAAAAAAGUGAAGGAGAAACAACAAGAAAUAGAAAAGACUGUCAAGGACACUGAUGUCAUGUCAGUCAUAACAGAAAGACAGAAGACAUUACCUGACAGUGAAACUAGCAAGGAAAUUCCUACAAGUAUUGACCAAAAGAAGCACCCAACUGGAGAAAGAGAAAUAAUAGAAGAAUCAAUUGAAGUGGUGAAAAGUCAACCAAAAUAUGAGGCAGACAGACCAGCAGAAACAUUCAGUGAGGUAUAUCAAGAAGACAAGAAAGAUGAUAUUUCAAAAUCAGUGUCUUCAGAAAAGGGGAAGCAACUAACAGAUGAAGAGGAAAAGAAACUAAAGACAGAAAAGUUACUUUUAGAGACGGAGGGCAGCAUUAUUUCGAAAGAUUUAGCGGAAACUAUCACCACUAAUGUAAUGAAAGAAUACAUCCUGAAAACUACACACAUAACAUCAGAUUCUGUUACAUUAGAUGUACCAGCCCCUGGAAAAAUGCCUGUACAACCAUCUGUGGAACCAGAAAUAACACCUUUGCAAGAGAGAGUGGAGAUUAAAGAGACUGGACUAUCACCAAAAGUGGAAGACACUGAUAAAAGAGCUGCAGAUACACUAAUUUCUCAUGAACUCAAAGACACAGAAAAAAUUUCCGCAGGUCAAGAAAUAGGAAAAGAGAAGCAGCUGGGAAUUUCUGAAGAAACUACUGUUUCAAAAGUGAAAGAAGUUUCAAAAGAAGUAAAAGAUGAUGGGAUUACAAGCAAAUUACCAACUUCAGCUGCUGACCAUAGAUCGGAUGAUGAAGAUGGUGAACCACCUCCAUCUCCAGGAGAAGACUACAUUGAUUCAGGAAUGGAGGAAGAACCAGUCUAUACCAAACUUGAUGCACCAGAACUUCCAGAAUAUGUAACUGUUACUCCUGACUCCACACCUGCAUCACCAAAAGCAUUACCCUUAAGGCCACAGGAUGACUCUGCAAAAAUGCAUCUUCCUGGAUCUGAAGAGAAGGAAGGAAAAGAAAAACUUAAGUCUGAACAUACUGAAACUGACAAGAAAGAGCCUGCCAAGGUAACAACUACAGCCCUUCCCCAGGAAAAAGAGGUGGAGUGUAGAAUGUAUGUGGAUGAGACUGGUGACAAAACUGGUCAACCAGGAGAAGUUAUCACAGACAAAGAUGGUCGUAUUGUAACAACAAGAACAAAAACUGAAUACAAAACAAUUGUGACCAGGGAAGGUAAGCCUGAUGAAAAGACAGUUUCAAGUCUAAUGGCUGGUUCAGUUAUACCUAUUUCAACGGGUGAGAUCACAACAUAUACAACUGGAGUUAAAGAUGAAAAACUAUCAGAUGAAGAACAUCUGGAAGAAAUUGAUGAUGAUUCCAAAGAAUCAGUCUCAGAGGAAACAUUCACAGAUGAAGAUGGUAAAACUGUAACAAGGAAGAUAGUAAGGCGUUACAAGACUGUAGUUACCAGCAGAACUGAAUCAGCUGAAGAGAAAGGUAUAAUGAAAGAAAUUCAGCCCUCAUUUUCAUCUGAAGCAGGACCUGGUUCAUUUAUACCUGUUUCAUCAGGUGAGAUCACAACAUAUACAACUGUAGUUAAAGGUGACAGACUAUCAGAUGAAGAACAUCUGGAAGAAAUUGAUGAUGACUCAAAAGAAUCCGUCUCAGAGGAAACAUUCACAGACGAAGACGGUAAAAUUGUAACAAGAAAGGUAGUAAGGCGUUACAAGACAGUAGUCACUAGCAGAACUGAGUCAUCUGAUGAGAAGGGUGAAAUAAAAGAAUUUCAGCCCCCAUUUUCAUCUGAAGCAGGACCAAUGGUACUACCGUCAUCCUCAAAAACAACAACAACAAAAAUAAUUGAAGGUCAUGAAUAUCCACUAGACACUGACAAGCAAGAUGACAAAGCAGCUGUUUCAGAAGAAACAUUCACAGACAAGGAUGGCAAAACUGUGACAAGAAGAAUUGUGCAACACUACAGAACUUACAUAACUCAGUCCACAGGGGAAAUGGAACCUACUCAUAUAAAGACAGAUGACAGAACUCCCCUUGAACCAGCUCAAGAUGUUUAUGAAAGCGAAACACGUGUUACAGUGUCCACAGAUAAAGCAGGCACAGAAGAAAUCGUGGAGUUCGAUGACGACGAUGAAAAAGAAUCAGUAACCGAAGAAACAUUUACAGACGAAGAAGGUAGGACAGUAACAAGAAGAGUAAUAAGGAGGUAUAAGACAGUGAUAACGAAAGAAAGGGAAGUUGUGGAUGAGAAACCUACUACAAAACUGGUAACUACUACAGCAACAAAGAAGACUGAAACAAAAGAAGGUGACGAUAUUGAUGAUGGUGUAGAAAUGGAAGAAUGCACAGAGCUCAGUGAUCAGGAUGAAAAAGAAUCUGUGUCUGAAGAAACAUUCACAGAUGAAAGUGGCAAAACUGUGACCAGAAAAAUUGUAAGACGGUACAAGACAGUUGUCACAAGGGGAAGUGAAUCUGUCGAUACAAAAGAUUCCAUUAAAUUACCACCUAAGGAAGCAAAGGGUAUUGUAGAUGAAAUACAAACAGAACAGGCUGACUUAGAUGAUCAAGAUGAAAAAGAAUCUGUGACUGAGGAAACAUUCACUGAUGAAACUGGCAGAACUGUAACAAGAAAAGUUGUCAGACGAUAUAAGACAGUAGUGACAAAAGAAAGUUCCUCUGUGGGCACGGAAGAAUCUAGUCAAGUAAGAGCUACAGACAUAAAACGUUCAGAAUUGUCUCCAACUGCUCUCACCCAGAAAAUGUACACUACAGUAAUUAAAUCAGAUGAUAGGGACGAUGGGGUAGAAACAGAUAAAUUAGAUGAGUUAGAUGAUCAGGAUGAAAAAGAAUCUGUGUCCGAAGAAACAUUCACAGAUGAAAGUGGCAAAACUGUGACCAGAAAAAUUGUAAGACGGUAUAAGACAGUUGUCACAAAGGGAAGUGACUCCAUUGGUACAAAAGAUACCACUAUAUUAGCUCCUAAGGUAGCAAAGAGUAUUGGGGAUGAAACAGAAACAGAACGGACUGACUUAGAUGAUCAAGAUGAAAAAGAAUCUGUGACUGAGGAAACAUUCACUGAUGAAACUGGCAGAACUGUAACAAGGAAAAUUGUCAGACGUUAUAAGACAGUGGUGACAACAGAAAGUUCCUCUGUAGGUGCAGAAGACUCUAGGCAAAUAAGAGCUACAGAUAUAACUGCUUCAGAAUUGUCUCCAGAUAUUCUCACCCAGAAAACAUACACUACAGUAAUUAAAUCAGAUGAUGAUAGAGAUGAUGGGGUAGAAACAGAUAAAUUAGAUGAGUUUGAUGAUCAGGAUGAAAAAGAAUCUGUGUCUGAAGAAACAUUCACAGAUGAAAGUGGCAAAACUGUGACCAGAAAAAUUGUAAGACGGUAUAAGACAGUUGUCACAAAGGGAAGUGACUCCAUUGGUACAAAAGAUACCACUAUAUUAGCUCCUAAGGUAGCAAAGAGUAUUGGGGAUGAAACAGAAACAGAACGGACUGACUUAGAUGAUCAAGAUGAAAAAGAAUCUGUGACUGAGGAAACAUUCACUGAUGAAAAUGGCAGAAUUGUAACAAGGAAAAUUGUCAGGCGGUACAAGACAGUGAUAACAAAAGAAAGUUCUUCUGUGGAUGCAGAAGACUCUAGCCAGAUGAGAGCUACAGACACAAUUGCUUCGGAAUUGUCUCCAACUGUUCUCACCCGGAAAACAUACACCACAGUAAUUAAAUCAGAUGAUGAUAGAGAUGAUGGUGUAGAAACAGAUAAAUUAGAGGAGUUUGAUGAUCAGGAUGAAAAUGAAUCUAUGAGUGAAGAAACCUUCACAGAUGAGGGUGGCAGAACAGUAAGAAGGAAAAUUAUAAGGCAUUACAAGACAGUCAUUAGACAAGAAGGUGAACCCACAGAUUCAAAAGGUUCUAUGACAAUAAAAAUGGAAAAGAUAAGUGCCCCAGACCUAACCUCAACUGCAACUACCAGCGAAAGUUGCACGACAGAUAUAAAAGAAGGUGUUGGUGUAGAUGAUGGUAUUGAAAUAAGUGAUCAAGAUGGCAAAGAAUCUGUGACUGAAGAAACUUUCACAGAUGAAAAUGGCAGAAUUGUAACAAGGAAGAUAGUAAGGCGAUACAAGACUGUGGUAAUGAAAGAAAGUGGGUCUUUGGAGGAUAAAGGCACUAGUGAAAUAGAGAAGAAAGAUGUAAGAGAUAUGGAACAGAUGUCAACUGCUUUUACUACAGAUACACAUACUACAGCACUAGGUGUCAUAGAAAGAGAUGAACUUACAGGCUUUGAUGAUCAAGAUGAAAGGGAAUCUGUCUCUGAAGAGACAUUCACUGAUGACGAUGGCAGAACAGUGACUAGAAAAAUUGUGAGGCGGUACAAGACAGUGGUCACAAAAGAAAGUGAGUUACCUGACGGAAAAGAUACCAGUCAAUUAACAAAAGUGCUGGGAACUGGUUCAGAACUGCCAACCACUACUAUCUUGAGGAAAAUUUACACUACAGUCACUAAAGAUGGUGAAGGUACUGAAGAUGGUUUAGAAACAGAGCAGCUUGAUGAGCUGGAUGACCAAGAUGGAAAAGAAUCUGUCACUGAAGAGACAUUUACAGAUGAGCAUGGAAGAACUGUCACAAGAAAAAUUGUGAAAAGAUAUAAGACAGUAGUGACAACAGAAGGUGAAGAUGUUAUUGGAGACAUUAGUAGUGAUGGCAAGAAAGAGACAGAUGAUGAUGACGGUAAAGAUUCAGUCACAGAAGAAACAUUUACAGAUGAAGAAGGAAGAACUGUAAGAAGGAAAAUUGUGAAGCAUUACAAAACAACAGUGUUAAAAGCUGGUGACAUCACGGAUAAAACAUUAUCUACAACAGAGUUAAAAUUUGAUCCAGAUGCAAAAGAGAAAAGCAUUGCUUUCAGUUCAUUUACUACUGCGGAAGGCAAAAGUGACAUUCCCCUUGAUUUUACUGAAGGUGAGGAUGGAAAAGAUUCCAUUAUAGAAGAAACUUUCACAGGUGAAGACGGAAGUGUUGUAACCAGGAAGAUAACAAGACAAUACAAAACCAUUUUAAAACAGGAGACUGGAUCUGAUGAUCAUCAUUUUACAACAAAAAUUUCAACAGGGUCAGCUGACUCAAGUUUACCACUGACCACCACCACAAUGACAAAAACCUACACGACUGUAACAAAACAAGGUGAUGACUAUGGUGACGACUUCUCGGAAGAUUUAGGAAAAGCUCAUGAACCCAGUGGGGCAACUUCUAAAACCACCACUACAGUGACUACAAUUACUAAAAGAAUUUCUUCAAAGGAUGGAGAAGAAGAAAUAACUGAAGCCACUACAGAGGAAGUAACUUCUGAAGAUGGAAAAGAACAAAGUACUGUCACAGUUACCACAAAGAGAGAUGAACAUGGUGAUAUGGUAGUUCACACAUCAAUAACCCCCAGAGAUAAAGAAAUUGAUGGUUACAGUAUUGCAGGACCAGUUAGCUUCAUUGGCAGUGAUAAAGGAGAGCAUUCGGCACACUCCACUGUUAGUACUACUGUUACGACUUCUCAGAUGACCACAGAUGCCUGGAAGACUGGUAGAAAACACGACUCACAGCAGUGUGACAGUGAUGAAGAAGAUGACCCUACAUCGCCACUAAGCAUUACAUCACAACUUGCACAUUCUCCACCAUCACAUUUUGGAUUUGAAACAUCUGCUAGUCCUACAGCAUCAGUAGAGCUUUACUCACCCAAAGUCAUUCCUUCACAAAAAGUAAGUUCCACACAGAUGACUAGUUCACUUUAUGGUAGUUUGCCAUCUGGAGAAGAGCAGUUGACAUCUACAGAUGAGAAACUGGACUUCCAAAGGGCACUUCAUGAACACAGAGAAGCAAGAGGUGAAGAUCUCCAGUCAUCUUUCCACAGCCCACCUGUGCAUAAAACUGUAACAAUGGGUUACAAAGAGGGACUGCUACAUGGUGAACAGCUGUCAUCAGGAAUAAAUGGCCAAAAGCAUGAAGAUAUUGACAGCAAAGGAGCUACCACAAAAAUUAUUCCUUCCAGUAGUGGAGUGGGUGCCACAAGCCAAAAAAUACCUCCAGUAGUAACCAGUGCACACCUUCCUGUUGAGCAUGGUCACUCAGCACAAAAAGAUACAAAGGACGACAAACAGAAGGAUCCAAUUGGCAGUUGGGGGAAACCACUUGGGCUCCCAGCACCUGCACCACCACCUGCUAACACAAUCACAACUAAUGGCGAAGUCAACACAGCUACUAAGCCCGGGACCCCAAAAAAGGAAAAGAAAGCUAUGCAAAUGAAGAAGAACUUAGUAAUGAAUGAAAACAACAAAGCAGCAAAUGCACAGUCAGCAAAAGAAUCAAAAUCUAGGCGUUCAGAAUCACCAGUAAAACAGAAGAAUGUGUCAAAUAAAGAUGUUGGGAAAAACACGAAAGUUCCUGGAGGCCAUAUAUAUAUUGACCUAACCUAUGUCCCACAUCAUGGAAAUUCAUACUACACCAAUGUAGAAUUUUUCAAGAAAGUCAGAGCAAGGUACUAUGUAUUCAGUGGCACAGAACCAAGUCGAGAUGUCUACAAUGCUCUACUUGAAGCUAAACAAACAUGGGAAGAUAAGGAUUUAGAAGUAACUAUCAUUCCCACAUAUGAUACCGACACUCUUGGUUACUGGGUCGCCGAGAAUGAAGAUCUGCUUACAAAAUACAAGAUUGACCUCUCUCCGUCUGCAAGUCGCUGCACAAUAAAUCUGCAAGAUCAUGAAACAAGCUGUUCAGCAUAUCGGUUGGAGUUCUAAUUGUUGCUGACUGAUAAACAGUCACAGAAAUAAACUCACUGCCCAUAAAAGCCAUUACUGCUCUAUAGUAUGAACUGGCUUGGACGAUGCCAUUUUUAGCAUUAGCUGAAGUAUUUCUUGUUACCAUCCUUGAUACUUUUUGUGGUCUAAGACAAAGGAAGUUAUGAUGUCCUUACAGAGAAAUUAAAAAUGUCUUUCAGGAAAUUUUCUUGUAUGAUGAAGUCUGUGCUGAUGUUGAGGACCUUUCAACAUAAAUGGUGAUGAUGAAACGGAAAAAAAUGCAACAGUUUUGUUGUAUCAUUUAUUUUUAGGUUGUUCCUUCAGAAUGUCAGCAGUUCUAUUUAUACUGUCAGUUCACAAGAUUCAAAUAGAUGUGUGGUCACAUAAAUAUGAAAUUUAUGAUAUAUGUCCAAAAAAUGUUAGCUGUUUUUCAGUUUCAUUUAUACACAAAAAAAGUAAGACACAAAUGUGGUGUGUGUUUACAUUUCAGUCCUGGGAUAAAAGACAGUUUUUACUGAAAGCAAAUUGUCAUAAAACUGUGGUACUUACAUCCAUAAAUAUAUGUAUAUAUAAUGAGCAAAAUCAUUUUCGAAGUAUUGAGUCUAAGAAACACCCAUCUCUCUUACACAUUCAAGAAAUUUAUUUUUCUAAGCUUCCUGAGAAGUGAAAUUGAAAGUGAAAAGAGAGAACAACUUUCCCAUUGGGUUCAGUGUAUAUUUGUUGAUAGUAGAAAUGAAACUGUCUCACACAUUAAAUACAAUCACUACCAGUUGAGCAAACCAUUAAGUACUUUACAGAAAACAAAACAAACAAAAAAAAUCAUGUUUUUUGUGCCAUAGGCCUCGAGUGAUAACACAUGAAAAAUUAUACAAGAAAGGAUAAACAAAAACAAGAAAUAUUUUAUAAUAAAACAAGUCGAACAUAAGUAAAUUAUUUCCUAUGUCCAUAUAGUUAAAACAAUCCCAUUAUUAUAAGAUGCCACAUUCGUCUUAUGUUGCUUAUUAUAUUAUAAGCAUCAACAUGAUUUAAUUAUUGUUCCUAAAGUGGACAUUGUAUCAUCCAUUUUCACGUUUGGAGGGAUACCGUUAAACAGUGUUGAAAAACCAAAUAAGAUGACCUAGUUUUUGAUCUAUGUAACGUUUUACUAAUAAUGUUAAAAUCAUGAAAUUAAAAUUAAUUCCCUAAACAGUGUUACCUUAAUGUAAAGUUGUUAGAAAGUAACAGAAGCUUCAUUGAAUGUUUAAAGUGCAUCCUGAGAUCAUAUUUUGUGUGUCAUGAGAAAAAUGAGUCUGCAGUAACUAAUAAUUUAUCCAUAUCUUCAGAAAUGUUCCAUUUUUUGUUUAUGAAUAUUGUAAGCUGUAAAUUUAGAAACUGUGUGUUUACUCACAGUCAUGAUUGUGCAGUGGUUGUGUGUAUGUACUCAAUAAGUGCUCACCCUCAUACCUAAAGUGACAUGUACUUACAAACACAUUAAUUUAAGUCUUCCUCUCACCCUCCUGUUCAUUCCUGCCUGCAAUGCAGUUUUUAAGAAUAUAUGUUUUUGAAAGUUUUAAUCUAUAUUUAAGUCUUCCUACACAUAGCAAAUAUUUUAUAUUUAUACUUAGCAACAUAAGUCUUAUUUUUAAUGCUGUCAUUGUAUUUAUGUAGCAUUUUAUGCAUCCAUUGUGCACGAAAAUACACUUUAUGUAAAAGCUUGAAUGCUAGGCAGAAAAGUAUUUAUCAUUUAUGUUAUCUUUGAUUCAGAUGAUAUUUGAUGUGGUACACAAUUUAAACAUUAGCUUAAUUUUUUUAUCUGCCCAGGUGGGACAGUAUAAGUAUAGAAGACAGACUUUUUUUGAAACAAGAAAGAAAUCCAAAAGUGUUGGCAUGGAUAGAACUUCCUUCAGCUCAGAAAAGAGAGCAGCUAGAUGUUGCGUUGUUAUAAGUUUGUUUUUGUGUAUGUGAAUUGUUAAAACAAGUGAACAAAACACCGAAAUAUGAAGGAAGAGUAUGGACUGUUGUAGAUAGUAUCUAUCAAAUUGAAAACUGUUGAGUGUAAAAUAUUUCAUAGGCAUGAAACAUGAUGAAAUAAUGUCUGAAGCACUACAAAAAUGGACAAUUUUGUGGAAAUAUAGAAGUUUAUCUGACUUACAGCAACAUACAUGUCACACACACAACUCUUGAAGCAUAGAUGAAUUUGUAGCAAAUGGAGGAAUCCGUUUUAUCCUCCUCUCAUUUUGUACUUACCUGAGAAUGUGUGAUUUUAUAACAGUAAAAAAUUAGGACAUUUAAUUUUUUGUACAAUAUUGUGUAUCUUUCCAGAAAUGUGUAUUAUACUUCAUUCAUUUUGUGUGCUGGUCAAUAAUCUAGUUUUGUAGGAUUUUAAAUAGUUACUUCAACUGUAUCUUUCAUUAUUAUAGAUUGCUCCCUGUUAUGAAAUGUUUCUAUAUAAGGCCUAAUUUAUUAUUUUUGAAAAUAUUACUCUUGUUUUGUCCACGUGUUUUGUACUUUUGUUAAUGGAUGGUAAACUUGAAUAUGACAGUGUGAAUGAGGUGCUCGUUUAUUACUUUCUGACUGAAAAUAAUUUUCUGAAGUAGUUUAACAUACAAAAGUUUGUAUGUUUGUUAUGAGAUCGUUUCAAAAUGACUGUUGCCAUGGAACUAUAUAUGUAUAGUGUCUACAGUAUCUCAGCAACAAGAAACCGAGCUUGAAUAAAUGAAACACAGUUGUUAAUAGUUAAAUGGAACUGUUGCUAUCGUAAGAUGGAGAAGUUGUGGUAGAACUAUGAAUGGUGCUAGCAAAUGCCUUGUUAAAAAUACAAAUCAAACCUCCACAUUUUUUGUGUGACUUUACUGUUAAUAAUUACAGUUGGACCACUUAAUAGGUCACACAAAAAGAGUGUGUUGAGAGUGAAAGUGUAAGCAGAGAAGUGAAGUUUGUAUUGGAUUCAGUUGUGGCUGGCCUUGUGAUUGUAAAGAAUGUUUCCUUAUUUGACACAUCAUUUUACAAUUAUUUAUUUAUUUAUUUUCCAUAUAAAAGUUAUUUGUGUUUCUAAUGUUGCACCUUUAAACUUUUAUGCUUUCAUCUUUAUUAUAUGAAAAUUGAAAUUUAAAAAAUAUAUAUGGCCCCUGCCUCAUCAAAACAACAUAUUUUGUCAUGUUUGCUUAAAGUGAAGCUUCUAGUCACAGAGUCUGCUCUAUGCUUGUUCUGAUACCAUUGCAGUGUAUGUAUGGGAAAUGUAUGAGAAAUAAAUCAAAACCAAAAAAUAAACUAAAAAGGGGAAAAUCGUGAAAAUGAA